CGCAUGCUCCGUGCGGGGGCGGGGCUCCAGCCCCCGGAAGCGUUCUCUCCCAGGCCGCAUUUCUUUCCUGUGCGAGGCCGGGCUAAUGCUUCUGUCGUCUCUGGUCUUACCUCUGGGUUAACAAUCAAGAUGGUACAUGCUGAAGCCUUUUCUCGUCCAUUGAGUCGGAACGAAGUUGUCGGUUUAAUUUUUCGUUUAACAAUCUUUGGUGCAGUAACAUACUUCACUAUCAAAUGGAUGGUAGAUGCCAUUGACCCCACCAGGAAGCAGAAGGUGGAAGCUCAGAAACAGGCGGAAAAACUGAUGAAGCAAAUUGGUGUGAAAAAUGUGAAGCUUUCAGAGUAUGAGAUGAGUAUUGCUGCUCAUCUGGUAGACCCUCUUAAUAUGCACGUUACUUGGAGUGAUAUAGCAGGUUUAGAUGAUGUUAUUACAGAUCUGAAAGACACAGUCAUCCUACCUAUCAAAAAGAAGCAUUUGUUUGAGAAUUCCAGACUUCUGCAGCCUCCCAAAGGUGUUCUCCUGUAUGGACCUCCGGGCUGUGGGAAAACAUUAAUUGCCAAAGCGACAGCCAAAGAAGCGGGCUGUCGAUUUAUUAACCUUCAGCCUUCCACACUGACAGAUAAGUGGUAUGGAGAAUCUCAGAAACUGGCUGCUGCUGUCUUCUCCCUGGCCAUAAAGCUACAGCCGUCUAUCAUAUUUAUCGAUGAAAUAGACUCAUUUCUACGAAAUCGUUCCAGUUCCGACCACGAAGCUACAGCGAUGAUGAAAGCCCAGUUUAUGAGUCUUUGGGAUGGACUGGACACUGAUCACAGCUGCCAGGUCAUAGUGAUGGGAGCUACCAAUCGUCCUCAAGACCUUGACUCUGCUAUAAUGAGAAGAAUGCCCACAAGAUUUCAUAUUAACCAGCCUGCUCUAAAGCAAAGAGAAGCAAUUUUAAAACUCAUCUUGAAAAAUGAAAAUGUGGAUAGACAUGUAGAUCUUCUAGAAGUUGCCCAGGAAACUGAUGGGUUUUCAGGAAGUGACCUAAAAGAAAUGUGUCGAGAUGCUGCCCUCCUCUGCGUCAGGGAAUAUGUCAAUUCUACAUCAGAAGAAAGUCAUGACGAAGAUGAAAUCCGGCCUGUGCAGCAGCAGGACUUGCAUCGGGCAAUUGAGAAGAUGAAGAAAUCAAAGGAUGCAGCGUUUCAGAGCGUUCUGACUCACGUUUGUUUAGAUUAGGAGUAAAGAUCGUUUGUGUGCUUCAGUGAUCUCGUGGGACGGGCUCUCAUCUGUACAGCAGUGAGGGAGAUCCAGACUUGUGGUUUUCUACUCAGAUCUCUGGUCUGUUAUAUAAAUGGUGUUCCUGCUUGUCAGAAAUCAUGAGGAGGAAGCUGAGUGCGGCCUGAGUGUGGGUGCUUGUUUGACCUUUUUAGCCAUAUGCUGUUAUAGCCUUAUAGAGUCUAAGCUGGUCUUAUGUAGUCAGUGAUUUGUUGAGUCAUUAGUAAGGAAUGGGGUGUGGUUAGGUGCUGGUUUCUAGACAUGUG